AUGGAAGUUAGCAAGAAUCCAGCGGACGAUUCGAAAGAAAAACACAAUGCUGACAUAGUUCAGAAGACAGCGACUGCUAUCGCUACCAAAGGACAGCCACGAAUCGUCAAUGGCAGACCCCCAUUAAAACGAAAUCUUCCUAUAUUGCCACGCUAUCAACCUCUACCACCCAGACAAUCUUACAUGGGAGAUUUCAGUAGCAUGUCAUGUCGGAUGUUCUUUCCAACUUCGGGACAUGUAGGUUUCCAUACAACCAAAUUAUCUGAUGAAUUGCCACCGAUCGAAGCACUUCGCGAGAUAAUUAUCUAUGAGACACGUCUUCGUUUAUCGGAUUCGAUUCAAGAGCUCAUGGAUUUGUAUCAUACUGAUGAGAAUGCUGUCACACUCGUACAUGAUCUCAUUCAACAGCAUGUAGUAGAACAUUUCGGUUAUCAAGAUGUCAAUGCAUUACGCACUGCUUUGCAUCGUUUUCCGGAUGAUCCUGUUGUCCAAGCAGUUUUCUAUGGUAAACCAUUGUGA